GAACCUCACAGAGAGUGCUACGGAGGGCCAUGGGGACAUAUAAAUCCCAGGUCAGAGGGAAGGAGGAGACAGAGAGUCCAGAGAAGCAGAAGAUGGCGGGAGAGCCAGAGCUCCACCAGCCGAAGAACCAUGAGGAGGAGGUCACAUUGGAAGACCAGGGAUUUGCUAAGAAUGACCCUGAGGGUCUCAUUUGCAGCUCCAAGAGUUUGCAAGGACAUCUGACCCGAGCCCCCUGGCUUCUGCUGCUUCUCAUCUCUUUGGGCCUCUUUUUGCUUAUGUUGGCCACCCUGGUUCAAGUUUCCAGGAUCCGUGCAAACCCACAGGGACAGACCCAGGAUCAGAAGGGGAGCUCCAGCUUGGGGAAAGUUGCUGUUCCUCAGGAGCAGACAUACACUGGCUUGGAGCAGAUCCAGCAGAUCCAGCAGCAGCUGACUCAGUUCAACGCCUCGCUGGCUGGCCUGUGCCGGCCUUGUCCCUGGGACUGGGAGUUCUUCCAGGGAAGCUGCUACCUCUUCUCCAGAACCCUGGGCAGCUGGGAAACCUCUGCCUCCUCCUGCAAGGAUCUUGGGGCCCACCUGGUGAUCAUCAACAGUGUUGCAGAGCAGAGAUUCAUGAAAUAUUGGAAUGUGAGGAAAAACCAACGUUCCUGGAUCGGCCUCAGUGACCAUUUACUUGAGGUUCCUGGCAAUGGGUGGAUCACAGCCCUCUCAAGUUCAGCUUUUGGAAAGAGGGGGAGCCUAACAAUGACGGGGAUGAGGACUGCGUGGAGCUGUUCAUGGAUGAGUGGAAUGAUAAUACGUGCACCCAGCAAAACUUCUGGGUCUGUGAGCAGCCCUCGGCUCCCUGCCCUGGCCAUGAAUGGUCUGUGCUCUCCUAGUCACACAGGCUUUGGGGUCAGUUCCAGCCGCCUGGUACAUCUCAGUGCCCCUGUUCUGAGUCCUUUGAGAUCCUGA